AUGUUUAGCGGAAAAUGCACGAGUUCGGCCAGACUGGACGGCAAGAUCGCCAUCGUGACAGGGGCGAACACAGGCAUCGGCAAAGUCACAGCUAAACAAUUUUACGCACUAGGUGCAAAGGUCAUAUUGGCGUGUCGGGACGUCGGAAAGGCGGAAAAAGCUGUGUCGGAAAUCUUGGCUGAAGUAAAAAGCGACGGCCUCGGACAACUAAUCGUGGAGGAAUUGGAUUUGGCGUCUUUCGCGUCGGUCAAGCGUUGCGCGAAAAACAUUUUACAAAAGGAAAAACAAAUUCACCUACUGGUGAACAACGCCGGCGUAAUGGCUUGUCCCAAAGGAAAAACCCAGGACGGUUUCGAAACCCAAUUCGGUGUCAAUCACUUGGGGCACUUUCUGUUUACUUCGCUCCUAUUGCCAAGAAUCCGAAACUCGGCCCCCGCUCGCAUAGUUAACGUGUCGUCAAGGGCGCAUACGAGAGGUUUAAUCAAUUUUGAAGACAUUAACUUCGACAGAAAUUACUCGGCUAUGGCAGCUUACAGCCAGAGUAAACUGGCUAAUGUGCUGUUCUCGAGAGAACUGGCGCGAAGACUCGUAGGGACCGGAGUUCACGUGUAUAGCCUACAUCCGGGAAUCGUGAGCACCGAAUUGGGCAGAACGGUAGACGAAGUGUACUUCCCCGGCUUAUGGCUGUUGGGCCGCGUUAUUCUUUUUCCAUGGGUAAAGACGCCGGAACAAGGAGCUCAGACCACUUUGCACUGUUCGAUAGACGAAAAGGCUGGAGAGGAAACCGGACUUUAUUACAGCGAUUGCAUGGCGAAAGAACCAUCGGCAUUAGCCAAAGACCCGGAAUUGGCGAAAAAACUUUGGGAAAAAAGCGUGGAAAUGGUCAGCUUAAAGGACUACGAUAUGUUCGACUGCGACGGAGACACCCUCCCCAAACCAUUGGAAGAUGCCUAA